AUGUCUCGGCUGAAGACCCCGUCUCUUCCCGACCCGAACCUGUCUACCACGGUUCUGGUGGUCGGGGCAGGUAAGGAGCCCGAGAUCUCAGUGGGCAUCAGCUUCACGGGACUUGCGCUGGCCCAGGGUUUGAAAAAAUAUGAAAAUCUGGACACCCCUUCCCGCGACUGGAAUAUGGGCUUGCACUGGGGUGUUGGACCAUCAAAAGGGCUUCUCCCAGGACAGCUCUGGGCACGGAUCCCAUCGAUUCAGGUUGAUCCUUAUACGCUCCCAGAAGAAAAGGAUGCGCUGCCCUUUGUCAAUAGCCAAUCAAGGGAGGCGAUGGCGUCUAUACCUGUGCCAUUCUUCUAUCGACUGCUUCGUCGCAAGUUAAGAGGACUCAUGGAACAAAGUCUGGACAUCCAGUACGGCAAGGCUAUCGAUAGUAUCGAGUAUUCCACCAGUGGUGGAUAUGCCAAGGCAGUGUUCGAAGACGGCUCAUCACUUUGGGCCAGACUCAUAGUAGGCGACGAUGGGGCGCGGUCGAAGACGCGACUGAGCUUACUUGGACCUACUAUAGGACAGCCCCGUCAACUCCCUUACUUCGCAACCUUUGUGCAGGCUCGGUAUUCCCCCGAUCGCGCCCGCUUCCUACGGCAGUUCUACCCCUUACAUCUUGCCGGAAUCUACCCCGCGGGGCAUGUGUCCCUAUUUGGCGUCCACGAUGCGGCCGAUCGCGAUCGACCGGAGGCCUGGACCUUCGUUUUCUACAUAUCGUGGCACUCUAGUGUGGAGGAACAACGGGAGACUGCCGGCUGGACUAAUGGCCAGAGGCUCCAGCAGGUCAAGGAAUUUUCCAAGACCUUUUCUGAGCCCUGGAAGAGCGCCUUCGCAUGGCUGCCGGACGACCAUCCGGUUUGGUACAUGGGACUGACCGACUUCGACCCGCGAGCUGAGGGCCACAGGUGGGAGAAUCAUAAUGGGCAAGUGAGAUUAGCCGGGGAUGCAGCACACAUCAUGAUAUACCAGCGUGGCCAAGGCUUGAAUCAUUCUGUGACGGACGCAGCCAACUUGGUAGAGGCGGUGCGGCGCUUCGUGUCUGGAACAUCCACACAGGCCGAUGCCAUUUCCGACUAUGAUACCGAGAUGAUCGAUCGCGCCGGUGGCGAAACCAACCUGUCCACUGUCAACACAGAGAUGUUGCACGACUGGCAGAAGGUGCUGCAGUCCCCGUUGUUUACGUCGGGGACUACCCGGCGAGGUCGGGGUUAA